AUGGAGAACGACCGCCACGGAGGUCCACAGCAUGGCCACACAUCCGCCAUCCCAGCAGGCAGUCUGCAGGCUAGCAGAUGCGUCACGUGCAGCAAUGCUUCGACCUUCGCAGCAUCCACAGGCUCGUCUGUAUCACUACACGGCUCCAAAAAGAACAAAGACACUAGGGGAGCUAGGUUCGGAAAGACGCCAUACGACAUACAGGCUGCUUGGUACGUGCUCAUGAUUCGUCCUUCGACUGCAUCUCAGGCUUCAGUAGCACCUGUUGAUCCAGAUCUCGCAGAUCCCAAACCACAUCGACACAACACACAAUCACCAACCUCGGCACACCGGCACACCUCCGGAGACCUUGUUGACCUUUACGUCCCCCGCAAGUGCGCCGCCACUGGCCGCAUCAUCGAGGCCAAGGACCACGCUUCCGUCCAGAUCGCCGUCGCCGACGUCGAUGCCAACGGUCGCAUGAUCCCCGGCCAGUCCACCGUCUUCCCCCUGUCGGGCUUCGUCCGCCAGCUCGGUGAGAGCGACGACUCGCUCAACCGUCUUGCCCAGAAGGAGGGUCUCCUCCGCAACGUCUGGAACUACCAGAAGUAA